CUCAGUUGCACACACCCACUGGGUCACUUCAGGGGGGGCACGGAGGGAGGGGUCUCUGCAGUGAGAGGCCCGUCACUGCCCCUUUGGGUGCCUGCCCCCUUGGGUGCCUGCCCCAUCUCCCCAGUCUCCCAGCCUGUGACCAUCACACCAAGCUCAGUCUGCCUCUCUCACAAGGACGAUGGUCUGCCCUAACGCCUGGCCACGCUGCCCCACAAGGACUGUGCUAUGAACAUGGGGUUUCCCAGGUGCCUCUUGCUCCCAGCUGGGCACCCUCUUGGCAGGAGCUCGGCUGCCUGCACGGGAGCUGGGAACACAAGGAUCUCCAUCCUCCUGGCCUGGCUUUGGGCUUCCAUGACAGGACUCCCCAUGGCAGACUCAGGCAUCCCAGAACUAACUCAGCUCCGACUGGUGAAUGGUUCGAUUCGCUGCGCUGGGAGAGUUGAGGUGCUUCACAACCAGCAGUGGGGAACCGUGUGUGAUGACAACUGGGAUUUAACUGAGGCCAGAGUCGUGUGCAGGCAGCUGGGCUGUGGGAUGGCGUUAUCAGCCCCACGCGGGUCUCGGUUUGGACAGGGAACUGACCGUAUCUGGCUGCAUGAGGUAAACUGCACAGGGACAGAAGCUGCCCUCUCCGAAUGCAGAGCUAGGCCUUGGGGAGAGCAUAAAUGUAACCAUGUAGGAGAUGCUGGUGUUGUGUGCUCAGUCACCAUAUUUCUGUGCCUCAGCUGCCCUGUCCCAUCCCGAAGUGGCAGCAUGUCAGUGGUGGGGACUGAGCCCUUGGCAUGCAGUGGCUGUGGGAGGAGGCCAGUCACUCCCAUCAGUGACCCAGGUCCUCUCCAGCUGGUGAACGGCCCCAAUCGCUGCGCUGGGAGGGUCGAGGUGCUUCACAACCAUCAGUGGGGAACCGUGUGUGAUGAUGGCUGGGACUUAACUGAUGCUGGAGUCGUGUGCAGGCAGCUGGGCUGUGGGAUGGCGUUAUCAGCCCUAGCGGGGGCUCACUUUGGGAGAGGUUCUGACACCAUCUGGAUGGAUGACGUUAACUGCACAGGGACAGAAGCUGCCCUCGCCGAUUGCAGGGCUCGGCCUUGGGGAAACAAUAAUUGUCACCAUGGAGAAGAUGCUGGUGUUAUUUGCUCAGACUCAGCCCUUCCACAUCUGGCUCAGGUGCGAUUGCUGAACAGCCCAAGUCGCUGUGCUGGGAGAGUCGAAGUGCUUCACAACCAGCUGUGGGGAACCGUGUGUGAUGAUGGCUGGGACUUACAGGACGCCGGAGUCGUGUGCAGGCAGCUGGGCUGUGGGACGGCGUUAUCAGCCCCAGGAGGGGCUCGAUUUGGACAAGGAUCUGGGCCAAUUUUGCUGGAUGAGGUUAACUGCACAGGGACCGAAGCUGCCCUCUCCGAAUGCAGGGCUAAGCCUUGGGGGGAUCAUAAUUGUCACCACAGAGAAGAUGCCGGUGUUGUGUGCUCAGGCUCAGGCAUCUCAGAAGUGGCUCAGCUCCGACUGGUGAAUGGUUCGAGUCGCUGCACUGGGAGAGUCGAGGUGCUUCACAACCAGCAGUGGGGAACCGUGUGUGAUGACAGCUGGGACAUAAUUGAUGCUCAAGUCGUGUGUAGGCAGCUGGGCUGUGGGACAGCGCUAUCAGCACCAGGAGCGGGUCGAUUUGGGCGAGGAUCUGAGCAUAUCUGGCUGGACGAUGUUCAGUGCAAAGGGACAGAAAUUGGCCUUUCUGAAUGCAGGGCUCGGCCUUGGGGAGACAAUAACUGUCACCACGGAGAAGAUGCCAGUGUUGUGUGCUCAGACACCGACAUCUCCGAAGUGACUCAGCUGCAACUGGUGAAUGGUUCGAGUCACUGCGCUGGGAGAGUCGAGGUGUUUCAUAACAAGAAGUGGGGAACUGUGUGUAAUGACAGCUGGGACCUACAGGAUGCUGCAGUCGUGUGCAGGCAGCUGGGCUGUGGGACGGCCUUAUCAACCCCCACUGGAGCUCACUUUGGGCGAGGAUCUGACCAUAUCUGGCUGGGUAAUGUCAACUGCACAGGGACAGAAGCUGCCCUCUCCCAAUGCAGGGCUAGGCCCUGGGGAGACAGUAACUGCACCCAUGAAGAAGAUGCCGGUGUUGUGUGCUCAGACUCAGGCAUUUCAGAGCAGACUUCGCUCCGUCUGGUGAACGGCCUGAGUCGCUGCACUGGGAGAGUCGAGGUGCUUCACAACCAGCAAUGGGGAACCGUGUGUGAUGACAGCUGGGAUUUAACUGAUGCUGGAGUCGUGUGCAGGCAGCUCGGCUGUGGGACGGCGUUAUCAGCCCCAGGCGCGGCUCACUUUGGGCGAGGAUCUGACCCCAUCUGGCUGGAUGCCGUUCACUGCACAGGGACAGAAGCUGCCCUCUCCGAUUGCAGGGCUCGGCCUUGGGGAGACAAUAACUGUAACCACGGAGAAGAUGCCGGUGUUGUGUGCUCAGACUCUGGCAUUUCAGAGCAGACUCAGCUCCGACUGUUGAACGGCCCGAAUCACUGCACUGGGAGAGUCGAGGUGCUUCACAGCCAGCUGUGGGGAACCGUGUGUGAUGACAGCUGGGAUUUCGCUGAGGCCAGAGUUGUGUGCAGGCAGCUGGGCUGUGGGCCGGCAUUAUCAGCCCCAGGAGGGGCUCGAUUUGGACGAGGCACUGAUCCCAUCUGGCUGGAUAACCUUCACUGCACAGGGACAGAAGCUGCCCUCUCCGACUGCAGGGCUCAGCCUUGGGGAGACCAUAACUGUAACCACGGAAAAGAUGCCAGUGUUGUGUGCUCAGACUCAUCCGUUCCAGAGCGGGCUCCAAUCCGACUGGUUGAUGGUUCUAGUCGCUGCACUGGGAGAGUCGAGGUGUUUCACAACCAGCAGUGGGGAACCGUGUGUGAUGACAGCUGGGACAUAACAGAUGCUGGAGUUGUGUGCAGGCAGCUGGGCUGUGGGACGGCGCUAUCAGCCCUAGCGGGGGCUCACUUUGGGCAAGGAUCUGACCGUAUCUGGCUGGAUGAUGUUCAGUGCACAGGGACAGAAGCUGCCCUCGCCGAAUGCAGGGUUCGGCCUUGGGGAGACAAUAACUGUCACCAUAGAGAAGAUGCUGGUGUUGUGUGCUCAGACUCAUCCGUUCCAGAGCGGGAUUCAGUCCGACUGGUUGAUGGUUCGAGUCGCUGCUCUGGGAGAGUCGAGGUGUUUCACAACCAGCAGUGGGGAACCGUGUGUCAUGACAGCUGGGACAUAACAGAUGCUGAAGUUGUGUGCAGGCAGCUGGGCUGUGGGACGGCGUUAUCAGCUCUAACGGGGGCUCACUUUGGACAACAAUCUGACCCCAUCUGGCUGGAUGAUGUUCAGUGCACAGGGACAGAAGCUGCCCUCGCCGAAUGCAGGGCUCUGCCUUGGGGAGACAAUAACUGUCACCAUGGAGAAGAUGCCGGUGUUGUGUGCUCAGAUCAGGACCAGCUGAGGCUGCGGCUGACGAGUGGCCCAAGCCCCUGCUCUGGGCGAGUGGAGGUGCUGAUUAACAACACCUGGAGUGCCGUGUGUGACGCCGGCUGGGGCCUGCCAGAGGCGGGGGUGGUGUGCAAGCAGCUGGGCUGCGGCCCGGCGCUGUCAGCCCCGGGGGUUGCUCAGUUCGGCCACGGGGCCGGCGACGUCUGGCUGGAGGGUGUGAACUGCUCGGGCCAGGAGUCUCUCAUCAGCGAGUGCCAGCUGAGCCGGCUGGGUCCCGGGCUCUGUGGCCAUGGCUCUGAGGCCAGCGUGGUGUGUGCCGGGCAGGCUGGCUCUGGGCAGCUCUUGUCCCUGCUACUCGGCCUGGGUGCUGUCAUGGUGCUGAUCUUCGUGGCCCUGCUCUGCUGGAGGAUGCGGCGGGACAGAGCCGCUGGGAACCCCCUGGGCCAUGUGCACCUGAAGGAGCUGGGGGCUCCAGGGACCCCACCCCGGUCCCAGGGAGCGGCAAAUCCAGAGCCCUCCGAGGAGCCCGACAGCGAGAUGACCUGGCUGGUGAGGGAAGACGUGGUGCUGUGAGAGCCGCGUGCCAGCCGGGCUGGGCUGGGCUCAGCCUGCAGUGAGAGACGGGCCCGUGGGAUCCUGCUCAGAGCAGCCCCAGAGCUGCCAGCUGCCUGGACUGUGGGGAUGCUGAUGGGGCUCGUCUGGGGGCUGGGGAUCUCCACUCCCCCUGUGGGGCCCCUGGCACCAUUGUCCCCCCAGCUGACUUGGAAAACUCCCCUGCUCCGCCCCACCCCCAGCUUUCCCUGCUGUAGCUCCCAGCAGCUCCCACGCCCAUCCCUGAGCAGCCUGUGCCCAGCCAUGCAGACAGCAGGUGGUGCGCCCGGCAGAACCAUUGUCCGGUGCACAGAGACAGCCGGCUCCUUCCCCACCCAGCGACCAUCCCAACAUUUAAAUGAGCUAUGGGGAGAGACUGACUAUGGGUGUCUGCCUGUGCCCGAUGUGCCAGGCCCUGGUAAAGCCUGGUGUUCUCAUAUGUAUGUGCCCAGUACAGCCUGAUCCUGGGGCACCAGGCCCCGUCUGUCUGUCUGUCUGUGCCCAAUGCACCCUGAGCUCAGGGCACCAGGCCCCGUCUGUCUGUCUGUGCCCAAUGCACCCUGAGCUCAGGGCACCAGGCCCCGUCUGUCUGUCUGUGCCCAAUGCACCCUGAGCUUGGGGCACCAGGGCCCGUCUCCUCUCUCUGUGCCCAAUGCACCCUGAGCUCAGGCCACCAGGCCCCGUCUGUCUGUGCAGCAGCCUGCCCGGGCCCCCAGUAAAUGAUCAUUACAGCUUCUAGUGUGUAGAUAAGGUGCAGAACUACGUGCAGCUGCAUGAUGGUGCCUUGCUUAAUGGAAAGGGAUGGGCCGGGUUACAGAUACAGAUACAAAGAGCUUGUCUCUAACCUUCCCUCCCCCACCCCAUCCUUGUGCUGUAUAAGUACCCGGUGGUAAUAUUACACAGCUAGAUACGGAGACAGCAGCUGCGUCCAGACAUGAGCCCUGUUGCACAUUUCCCAGGGGAAGAUGUUGGGGAACAACCACAUUAUUCCCCCUUUUCUUUGCAUUAGUAGCAUAUUGGCAGCUGAAACCUUUCUGAUUUCUUGUAAUUCCCAAAAGCUUCCACAAGGUGUCAAUGGCUCCCCACUCCUCAAAGUGCCCCACUCUCACCCCCUCUGUAGUGGGGUGACCAUAUGUCCUGUUUUGGCAGGGACAGUCCCUUUUUCAGCUCUGUUCAGGCCGUCCCUACUUUUUUUCAGUAAAACUGGACAUUUGCCCUGAUUUGUGAAGGCAGCGCUGCCUUCAGAGCUGUCCCCCCGGGCAGCAGUCCCCGAUCUCCGCUGCACACUACAGGCAGUUCUUAUGUCUGGGUCAACCUAGGACAGCUGUUCACUGCUUGCAUUACAGGAUAGUGAGGAGUGUACUUAGAGGAUUGUACCUCAGAGAUGUAUAAUCCCUUCCCGAGCAGCCUGGUGUUCUGGUAAAAUGAGUGUGCUGCACACAUUACAAUGGUGCAUUCCUCCCUGAGCUCAGUGAGUACAGUCGUGACUGGUAGGACGCACAGAGAGUAGGGUGACAGAGUGGAGAGCAGAGAGAUGUGGCUGCUGCCAGGGGAUCAGCUCUGAAGGCAGCGAUGCCUGCCAGCAGCAGCAGAGAAAGUUGCUGCUGUCAGACAGUGCUAAUUUCAGAACUGACCCCCAAGGAAGCAGCCCCACUUGCUGGCCGCAGGGCAGAGCAGAGAAGUAAAGGUGACAUGGUAUUGCCACCCUCACUUCUGCGCUGCCUCAGAGUCUGGGCUUCCCUUACUGUAAGGCUCAGAAAAAAAUGCUUUGAGCAACUUAACCGGAGGCUGUAUAGAAGCACUAAAUUAAUUUUCCCGUCAGCUCAGUGCGAGGUCAGCAAGGAGAAAGUAGAAACUGAUGGGCACAGAUCAUGGCUAAAUGGAUUGUCAGCAUCAGCAGGGUUGAAGGAUGCCGCAUGCAGGUAAUCCGAUGGGAGUUAGUGGCAGUGCUCUGAUUUGUAAAUGCUGGUUUUUUUCUGGUUAGUUGAGUUGCAGCUGCAGGCUGAAAGCAGCAUGAUGGUCUCUUCCCAGCUCCAAGGUUUGCCUCGCUUGAGAGCCUGAGUGUUGAGACAGUGUGAAAUAGGAAGGGUUUUUAAUUGCACAUUUUGUUUUAUUUAAGAGUCUCCCUGAGCCAAACAGGCUGCCUGCCGUAGAGGCAGAGGGCUGUGCCCAGAUGCUGGGCUGGGCCAGUGUUCCGAGAAAGCCUUGUGAAGGAACACUUGCAAAUCAGUUCUCCCCUGUUGGUUCAGUAGCAGAUUUACCAGGCCAUAGAGAUCUCUGGUGUAAACCCUUCGACUUGGAGAUUAACUUGGCUCAUAGCAAGAAAUUGGUUCAGCAAAACAGAGGCUGUUAGGAGCAGGGUCCCAGCUGGAGGCAGACUGACAUCAUGGAUCCAAAACAUGUUCUCCUUUGACAAGGGCUGGUUGUGUUACAAGUAAAGGUGGCAAUACCACCAUGCUACUCUUACUUCUGUGCUGCUGCUGGCAGGGGCGCUAUCUUCAGAGCCAGGCAGGCCAGCAAGCAGCCGAUGCUCUCCAUUGGCAAGCUGUGAAGGCAAUGCUGCCCCCAGUCACAGGAUGUUGCCAGGUGAUGCUUUUGUUCUUUUUUGGGGUGGGGGGGGAGCCUUGUGCACACCUGUGUCCUUAGAAGAAUCAAUUGUUUGUGUGUGGUCAUUUUUUGCUAUAAAAAUGUCUAGGAAACAUCUGUGUAAUUGUAAUGAAGACCUCCAAAAACAGUUCAAGUUUUUAAAAAAAGACACUUCAACACUGGACAACAGCAAAGUUGUAUGUGAAACGUGGAGCACAUUCCUCCAUUGCCAACGGUUGAAAUGACAUUACCCAGCACCUUCAAAGCAAAAAACACAGAGAUGUUGGUAAAAAUAACUGUUUAACACUAAGUGCUUCAGGAUUUUUUCUGAGGCAAGACACAGAAGCUGAAAAAGUUUUUGCCAGUGAGGGAGUGUUUGCUUACCACUCAGUGCAGCACGGACACAGUUUCUGCUCUAGUGACUGUACAUCACAAUUAAUUAGGAAACUAGGCCAGUCUACGUUUUCAUCUGCUCGCACAAAAUCCGAGGGAAUCGCUUGCAACAUCUUAGCCCCUUUCUCCAUUGAAAAAAUGCAGUUUGAGUUGGACAGGGAUUCCUUUAUUGCGCUUAGUGUGGAUGUAUCGAACAAAAAGGAGCAAAAACUAUUUCCUGUUCUUAUAUGGUAUUUUCUCCCACUGGGUGGAGUUUGCACAAAAAUGACUGACUAUUCAUCUCUACUCAGGGAAACAUCAGAUUUGCAAGUAUCAGAGAGGUAGCCGUGUUGGUCUGGAUCUGUAAAAGCAGCAAAGAAUCCUGUGGCACCUUUUAGACUAAUAGACAUCAGCUUUGCAGUGUGCAUUCAUCCAGCAAGUGAUUGAGAAGCCAACACCAACACUAACUUUGGGGGUGCCAGACGUUGUGGGAAAAACAAUUUGUGGUGAAAUCUCCAGGCCAACGUAGGAAAAGAGAUCUUCAGUAUUGAGUGCGGGGCACAUAUUGUGCAUAACUCCAAACUGAUUGUCUUCCUUUAGAUGUAGAGAUCUUUGCUGGGAAGGUUUACAAAUACUUUCAUAUCUACACAGAGCAUGUUGAAGAGCUGAAAGGUUUCUGUGGAUUUAUUGAAAUUGAGUAUACCAAAUUACUAGAGCAUGGCAGCACACAAUUCCUCUCAUUGAGACCAGCAACACAGGAUUCUGUCAAUUUUGAUGGGCUUAAAGCGUAUUUUCUUUCUCAAGAUAAAUGCCCGACACUGCUACAGAAGCUCUUUGAUGCUCCUGCCACUCAACUGUGUCUUCUAUUUGUCAGCAGACAAACUGCCAUGUUUCAAAACAUAAUGGAGAUGAUAGAGAAAAAUGCUUUGUCAAUGACAGAAGUGGCACUUCAAAUACAUUCCCUGCAGGUUAACUUAUUGGAGAGGCUUGGAGAAAGAUGUGUCACCACAGAAGUGAAGAACCUACUGCACACUUUUGUAGAAUGCAGGCAAAUGAAAGAAAAGGAGUUUUACAAUUUAGUUGACAAUUUUUACACAACAGGCCUAUCCUACUUAGAGACUGAGAGCACUGGAGACCUGCCUUUGAGUGCACCAAAAAGUUUGAGUGGGCUUUGCUAAGGAAUAUGCAAGACAGCCUCCCUGCAUGCCACAUCAGAAUUCCCACCUUCUAUAUGUUGAAUGAGAAUCGUCUCUUUGACAAGUGGUCUAGUGCCAAAUCAAUUGUCUCCAGUUGUCUUUCAGACUGGAACCAUCAAAGAACGCCCAUCACCGAAAGGUGGCAGAAGAUUUUUCAAGAGAGAUUGACCGUAAUGCAGUCCAAUACACAGAUCUAGCCAAGGCUGUGGAAUUUGUGCUGUGUCUGCCUGGUACUACAGUGCCUGUUGAAUGUGUCUUUUCAAUUAUGAAUGAUGUGUGGUCUCCUGAAAAAUCGCAUCUGAAUAUCUCCACCACGAAGGCUGUCUUGUGUGUGCGAGUUCACUUUUCUCUAGACUGCACUGCAUUCUACGACAAGUUGCUGAAAGACGAGCAAACCCUCAGCCAAAUAGCAUCGUCAGAGAAAUACAACGGGCAUCAAGCAGCUUCACACCCUGAAGAAAGGCAAGGCAAGGAACAAUCCCAGUAACAACUGAGUUUUAAAUAAAAUAUAUGAACAUAGAUAUAAAAUAAA